UAUACUUAAGUAAUCGAAAAAUAUUCGAAAAAGUUUUUCAAUAUACAUUUUUCAAUUCGGAUAAAAAGACAAGGUAACGAAUGUAUCCAACUUCACUCAUAUAAACAAGUUUUUUCACGUCAUUCUUUUCGUGUCAAAAUUUCAUGAGCUAAAAUUUGCUGCCUAAAGUCAAAAUUUCUAAUUAUGGCGGAAUUAAUUGAAUGCAAAAAAUCAUUUCUUUUGCACAUUAACGGAUAUUUGUACUACAAACACUCAGGUAGAAUAGGAGAAACUGCGUAUUGGAAUUGCCGAAGAAAACCUGAGUGUAAUGCUAGAGUGACAACAUACGGAGGACCACACAAUAUCAGAGUUCUGAAGGGACUUGAUGAAUCGAAACACAUCCUUCAUGCACCAAACCCCGAAGAAGUCGAAGCGUUAAGAGUCAUGAAUAGGAUCAAACGUAAAGCUACAGAAAAUUCUGAAGCUCCUCCAGCUCAAAUAUUACGAACUGAAUUGCGAAACGUUUCACCAGCGGUAUUAGCGGAAAUGCCAAACAGAAUUAAUUCCCGAAAAAGUCUUAGUCGUGAAAGAUUAAAAGAUUUUCCCUCGAACCCGCGAACGCUGAGAGAAUUGCAGGAUAUUCCAGGCUUUUAUCAAAAUUCAUUGAAUGGAGAUAAAUUUCUAAUUUACGACUCCUAUGAAAAUGACGAAGACUCAGAAUUUGGGAGAAUACUCGUGUUCGCGACGCCUGAAAAUUUAAGGCAAUUAUUCAGGAGCAUAUUGUGGUUUGCCGACGGAACAUUUAAAACUGCGCCAAGUAUAUUUUUCCAAGUUUUCGCAAUUCUCGGAGCAGUUACACAACCGGAUUCAAGAGGAAAACCACAAACUAUUGGUUUACCUUUUGUCUACGCAUUAUUAGAAAACAAAGAGCAGAAAGUAUACGAAAAAGUAUUCUCGGUUGUUUUGCAAGAGGCAGAACGUCUAGGUAUCGAUAUUUCUCUUCCGAUUAAAGUGAUGACAGAUUUUGAGUUGGCUAUCAUCAAUGCUGUAAAAAUCGUAAUGGGCGAAGACAAGGCACGCUGCUGUUUUUUCCACCUCUGUCAAAACAUGUACCGCCAUAUCCAAAGUGAAGGACUUCAGAAAAUGUAUUGCGAUCCUGAAGAUCGAUCGGUCAAAGUAGCCACUCAUAUGAUAUGUGCCCUUGCUUUCGUCCCACAUCAAAACAUCGCCCGAGAAUUCGAAACCUUAAAAAAUGAAAUACCGGAGGAAAUGCGACCAAUUUCAAAAUACUUUGACGCUACGUACGUCCGAGGAAAACCUGCAAAAGGUCGACGUAAACAGGUGCAUCCUCGCUAUGCUCCAGAUUUGUGGUGUCAAUAUGAUGCAGUCAUUCAACAAACUGCGAGAACGAAUAAUAUAUCCGAAGGAUGGCACAACAGGCUUCAAGUUGUUAUAGGGAAAGAUCACCCCAGCUUCUACAUUUUUCUUUCCGAGUUGCAGAAAGAGCAAUCGGACACAGAAAUAAUGAUGCGACAAUUGCAAUCAGGACAGCAAGUUAAGAAAAAUAAAUAUUCCAAGAGGUUGAAACAUGAACAGAGAAUAUUUAACAUUGUUUCGAAAUAUCACGAAUAUGUUGAUAACAAUGAUAUUGUCACAUACUUGAAAACUCUAGGAUACUAUAUUCGCAUGUGAUUGUAUACAUACAAAUUCAUAAAUAAACUGAAAUCUUGUUUCAAAUAAUAAAAAAUGUACUCGCCCAUUCAUUGCAAAUGUAUAUGCGAUAUUUUACAGACGAACGAUAUUUUGGGAAAAAUAUUUUAUGGGAAAAUUUAUUGGGAAAUUUUUAGUUUGGGAAAAAUGGCAUUGGGAAAAUUAUUUUUUGGGGAAAAAAAAUUUGGGAAAAAAUAUUUUAUGGGAAAAUUUAUUGGGAAAUUUUUAUUUUGGGAAAAAUGGCAUUGGGAAAAUUAUUUUUUGGGAAAAAAAAAUUUGGGAAAAAAUUUUUUUGGGAAAGUGAUUUUGGGAAAAUUGUACCCCAACCCAAAAAUCUCAACACGAACAACGGCCUUGAACAAAUUGUCACCAUCGCCGUAAACGCCUUCAGUACAAAGUAAUGCUGAAAACAAUGAUCGCAGUCCCUAACGAGCACA